GUGUGGCAGGACCUGGCAGCCACCCUGGCAGGCGGGAUUUGCAGCCCCAGCGUGGCUCUCCUCAUGCACCCCAUUUUCGGGGGUUCACCCGGCCUGGCUGCCCCCCGACAUGCCUGAGCACACAGCCACCUCCAGGCUCCGGCUCUCCGGGCUGUGCUUCCUCCUCCAAAUCCUCAACAUCCUCCUGUUCGCCGUGUUUGUGCGGUACAGCCCCGAGGGCAGCCCCGGGCAGUGCCCCUCGCAGCUCAACUGCAGCCGGAGAAACCCGGACUCGGGUUUCCAGCAGCCCCGUUUCCAGGAUGUUCACAUCCAAGUGCUCCUCAGCUUCGGGCUCCUGGUGGCAUUGCUCAGCCGCUACGGGCCGGGCAGUGUGGCCAUCAACAUCCUCAUCAUAGCCUUUGCCAUCCAGUGGGCUGUUCUGCUCCAGGGCAUGUUUUACUUCGUCCUCAAUGGCAAAAUUUACGUGGGAGCUCAGAGCAUAGUCAGUGCUGACUUCUGCACUGCAGCUGUUCUGAUCUCCACUGGAGCUGUUCUAGGCAGGGUAAACCCUGUGCAGAUGCUGCUGCUGGCCCUGCUGGAAGUCACCGUGUGCAGUCUCAAUGAAUACAUCCUGCUCAGUCUCAUGGGGGUAAGCGACCGUGGACGCGCCUUGACCGUCCACACCUUCGGGGCUUAUUUUGGCCUGGUGGUUUCACGGCUCCUUUACCAGCCCCACAAGGACAAGAGGAAGAGAGAAGAGCAGCAGGACAUGGGGCACCAGAGAGAUGUUUUUGCUGUGGUUGGAACCAUCUACCUGUGGAUCUUCUGGCCCAACUUCACCUCCAGCACCACUGUCCACGGCAAUGCUGAGAACUGGGCAGUGCUCAACACUUACUUCUCACUGGUGGCGAGUACUGUUGCCACCUUCAUCCUCUGUCCUGUCCUCUACGAGGAGAGCACCCCACGGAUGGUUCAGAUCCAGGAUGCCACCCUGGCUGGCAUGGCCGUGAUGGGUAUGGCUGGGGAGAUGCUGGUCACCCCCUUUGGGGCCCUCAUCGCAGGGUUUCUGGUUGGCCUGAUCUCCCCACUUGGCUUCAGAUUCUUCACGCCCGUUCUGCACUCCAGGCUGAAAACCCAGGACAUGUGUGGAGUUCACAACAUCCAUGGACUGCCUGGGAUACUGGGGGCCUUGCUGGGGACACUGCUGACACUGCUGGCCACUGCAGACACUUAUGGUGACAGGCUGGAGCUUGUGUUCCCUCUGGUGGCCCAGGGCAGCCGGACAGUCGCUGACCAAGCACUCAUGCAGCUCAGUGCCCUGCCCCUCACCCUGCUGUUUGCAGCACUCGGGGGCUGCAUCACAGGUUGCGUCCUGAAAACCAAGACGCUGAGGUGUUCUCCGGACGAGCAGUCCAUAGAAAACACAGUCUUCUGUGAGGUGGCUGAGGAAGAGUGUGACCCCAGAGCGAGCAGCAAAGAGCUGGGCAUCAGCACCGUGGUGUAAUGACUGAAUCCCCAGUGAGGUCCUGCACCACCCGUGCUCUGUCUGGAGCCUGCUCUGGAGACAGCCACGCUUGUUCCAUGUGGGAGCCAGCUCCUGAUCCCAAACAUUUUGGGCCAGCUGGGCAUCCACAGGCCUUUGCAGGGUGAAGAGGUGCUGCAGAUCCCAGUGCUUGUUGUGAGAGACAAGAGUGCUUGUGUUGACCCCAGGGUCACCUUGGGGUGUCCAGGCUUGGCUCAGCCCCUUCCCCUCUCUGCUCCUUGCCUCGGUUUCCCCAUCAGCUGCUCUCUGAAGGAAGGCAGUGGAGGGGAGGAGGGUUGACUGUGCUGGGAAACGGGCACAGGAGGCUCAACAGAAAGCAGCAAAGACUUUGUACAGACAUUUUUGCACACAACAAUUAAAAUAUAUGGAUUUUUUUUUUGUAGCUUCAGGAUUUGUCCCUGAAUUGUCAUGGCCACCUGCCUAGCUCUACCCCCCAGCUUCCCUUGCACCCCAAACACUGAUGCCCAUUUGUUUGGAUUCAUGGGUUGUCCGACCCACCGGAGGAUGGUGCAGUCACUGGAAUGUGGCACAGCCCGAGCAGCCAGCACCCAGGGGCAGGAACAGAGUGACACCAGGGUCCCCAGCACAGAGGUAACCCCUGCCUUGCCCUGGCCACUCAUCACCUCACACCAAGGGCUCCUCUCACGCUGUGAAAGAGAUGCUCCAGGACCCCCAGAACCCGGCCCCACAUCCCCUCCCAAAGAGGCUGUCACCCCACCUGAGAGUAAAUUCAAACAUCCUGUGAACCCACAGAGGGUCCUGCAGCAAUGGGAGCAGAGGCACAGCCCCAGAGGACUCCUGGAGGGGCGAUGUGGGUGUGCCAGGGGUGGCUGAUGGAGGGGACACCUUGGGGUCCCAUCUCCCGUGAGCCUGGGGUGGCUGCCAGACACUUUCACACUUCCUGUGCCAGACUCCAGCACUCACCAUGUGGGAUUCCCGCAGGCACAGGUGUCCCCAGCUGCCAGCACCAUCCCUGAGGAGGGGAUCACAGGGACCCCACCCCACGGACAGGGGACAGGGGGUGCAGGGCAGCACAAGAAGUUUGGGGCAAGUGCUUUGCUACCCAAUCAAAGUAGCCACAGGCGCUGUUUAAUUGACUCAACAAAAAAAAUGCAAAAAAGUUAAUGGAAAGCAUUUGUUUGCAGGUGAUCAUAAAAUAUCGCUUUAAAACACA